AUCAGGAUGGAGCUGAGCCCAGUGCUAACUCAGUCUCAGCGUUCAACCUCCUUCGUCUGUCCCACUACACUGGAAGACAGGAGUGGCUCCAGAAGUCCCAGCAGCUACUGACGGCAUUCUCUGACCGUCUGACCACUGUUCCCAUAGCCUUGCCUGAAAUGGUGCGAGCUCUUAUGGCCCAGCACUACACACUUAAACAGAUUGUGAUCUGUGGCCAGAGGGAUGCUCCAGAUACCACAAGUCUCCUAGCAGCAGUCAAGUCCCUCUUCCUCCCAUAUAAGGUCUUGAUGCUCGCUGAUGGGGACACGGAGAGUUUCCUGUGCCAGCGCCUGCCCGUCCUCUCCUCCAUGUCGCAGCUGCGCGGUGUAGCCACAGCCUACGUCUGUCAGGACUUCACGUGCUCUCUGCCCGUCACCGACCCACAGGAGCUCCGCCGGUUACUCCUGGACGGAACUACAAACACGCAGAUAGAAUGACAGCUGAAUAAACUGACCGAGCAUGUUAUCCUCAAAAACUGCUCUUCUAAGACCUGCAGCUCAAGCCUAGUUCUUUUUUUGUUGGAUGUGGCUAGUGAGUCCGGCUUUGCCAUCACUGGAUGGCGGUGCUUUAGCAGCUGAUGUUGGUAGGGGUAGGGCUAAGGAAUCUUGAGGGUGUCGUCCUGCUAGCCAUCCCACAUCUGUUACUCCAGCCUGUUCUUUAUCAGCAAUACCAGGUAUUACCUCAAAUAUCAGCUCCAGGUUUUAAUUCAAAUCAAUGUGUAGAAAUGCUCAGAUGAGCUAAGCAACAGUGGCAAUCUGAAAAACCUGUAGCAACUUUGCAAAAAGUUGUAGCUUUACCGUUACCCCAGAAGAUCCCUAAUAGAGGAUAAGCUGAGAGCCCUUUAAAUGAACUGGGCCGAUAACAUUUUGCAGAGGGACCUCUCCGGCAUGCGUUCCAGCUCCUGUGUUCACGACACACGGAUUUGACAGAGGAGACCUGCCUGGCGGCGGUUGAUUUGUGUGUAACCGUGUACAUACAUUUUAAAAACCAUUGCAUAUGAUGCUUUUAUCUGUGAGGAGCGAGUCUACUGAAACUGUUGCACAAAAGAUCCGCCUUGUGAAUGUUGUCUUUACCUUUAGACAUCAUAAAAAAACAGAGCAUGUAUAUUCACAACCCCCAAAUAAUAAAUCUAUUUCUCCUACAA